CGCGCAAUGGCUCGGCUAGGCCGCCGCGGUCACCGCCUCAGCGGGCAGGGCGGCGGGCUCAAGUAAGCGCAGGGCGCCUAGCGAUGGAGCGGGGCGGGGCCUCGGGCCGGCCGGGUCUGUGUGAGACAUCCGCUUCCGGGGCUGCGGCCAUCGCUCUACCCGGCUCGAUAGGCUCGCCGAGCCGUGCCCGGGACCGGUCCCCAAACUGUACGGUCCCUGAGCCGCAGCGGCCUUCGCCUCGCUCCCGGACGCCCUCGCCUCGCUGCCGGACGCCCUCGCCUCGCUGCCGGACGCCAGCACUCUGCUGCCCGCCUCCUCAGCCAGUCAUGCUGGAGCAUCUGAGCUCGCUGCCCAUGCAAAUGGAUUACAAGGGCCAGAAGCUAGCUGAACAGAUGUUUCAGGGAAUUAUCCUUUUUUCAGCAAUAGUUGGAUUUAUCUACGGGUACGUGGCUGAACAGUUCGGGUGGACUGUCUAUAUAGUCAUGGCUGGAUUUGUUUUUUCGUGUUUGCUGACACUUCCUCCAUGGCCCAUUUAUCGCCGGCACCCCCUCAAGUGGUUACCAGUUCAAGACUCAGGCACAGAAGACAAGAAACCAGGGGAAAGAAAAGUUAAAAGAUCAUACACCUGCUCUAAAAGCUGAAUCCCCAGGCCCUGGACUACAUCAGCUCUCAAGAUUUCAACUAUUCUUCUGAUCUUUUCAGAACCUGGAAUGAUAGCUUAAAAGUAACAACAAAGACAGGGAAAAAUGAAUACUUUCACCAUGGCAGCAAGAAGAAUGCAAUGUGUUUUUUUUUUUUAAAUCUUGUCAUGUUAAGAUCUUUUUCAUUUUGACAAGAGUUUAGUUUAAUGACUUCAUGUAUUUUCAAUGACUAAAAUGUAUAUAGGCAUACUUCAGAGAUAUUGCAGGUUUGUCACAUGCAUUUUUGGUUUUCCCAGUGCAUAUAAAAGUUAUGUUUACACUA